AUGGAAAUAGGACCACAAUGGAUUGUCUCCUCAAAGUUAAACACAUGGCUAUGGUUUGUCUUGGUUCCAAUUUUCAUUACUCACGCCAACUCAAGACUAGGCAAACCUGUUGGAAGAGAAAUUACCAACGAUAACCAUCCAGAUUUCAUAAGCAUAGAUUGUGGAUCACACAGAGAUUACUGGGAUCAGGCAACUGGAAUUUGGUAUCAGACAGACGAAGGUUUUGUGGAAACAGGAACAAAUCAUAUGAUUUCAUCAAGUGUGCACUUGAGCUAUCGCUACUUUGGGGAACAAUUGAAUACACUGAGAAGCUUUCCAGAGGGAGACAGAAACUGCUACACCCUAAAACCUAAACAAGGCAAAAAUAAUAGCUAUUUAAUCAGAGCUUUCUUUGCAUACGGAAAUUAUGACUCCAAAAAUGAAACCCCAUCUUUCGACUUGUACAUUGGGGUCAAUUACUGGCACACAAUAAAUGAGGACCAACAUCAUUUCAUCUUUGCCGAGGUUAUUCACACUCCCUCAAGUGACACUAUACAAUUGUGUCUUGUAAAGACUGGACCAACAAUACCUUACAUUUCUACAUUGGUAUUACGCCCUUUGAACAAUUCCAUUUAUCAGACAAUGUCAAGUACUACUUCACAACCGCUACUGGAUCACCAGACAAGGAUCGAUGUUGGCUUCCAUGGAUGGCCUAUUCACUCCAGGUACAAAGAUGACGUCUAUGAUCGGUUGUGGCGACAUGACCAAUAUAACGUUACAAAUGGUUGGCAUCCUUUGGACGAAUCAAUUGAUGUGGAUCCUUCAACCAGUGCAUAUAAAUUGCCAAGCCAAGUAUUAAGGACUGCAUCCCAAUCACCAAAUGUCUCGUACCCCUUGAAAUUUGACUAUGACACUCUGUUUAAAGACCUGGAUACAAAUUAUGAGUAUCGUGUCUACUUUCACUUUGCUGAAAUUGAGGCACUUCCACCGGGUCAAAAUAGAAUUAUCAAUAUCACCCUUAAUUCUAAACCCUUCCUCUCACACCCUUUGGUUCUUCAAUACAUGAAGCCAGUCACCAUUAGUCCUCAAGAUGCAGUCCGAGGUAGAAUUUCAUUUAGCAUUAGUGCAACGCCAGAAUCUGCUGCUCCUCCCAUCCUUAACGCCUUUGAGGCCUACAAGUUGAUACCCGGUCUUUAUUCCCCAACAGACGCUCGAGAUGCUGCUGCUAUUAUGGACAUUAAAAGCGCCUACCAUAUCACUUGGCUGAAUUGGCAAGGGGACCCGUGUCUUCCAAAGCAAUUUGCAUGGGAGGGUCUCACUUGCAACUCUGACACCAAUCCCAGGAUCACAGCUUUGAACUUGAGCUCAAGCAAAUUGACAGGGGAGAUAAAUAUUUCAUUCUCAUAUCUUACAGAACUAGAAAUCCUGGAUUUGUCAAAUAACUAUUUAGAAGGACCUGUGCCAGAAUUUCUGGCAGAAUUACCCAAGUUAAAAUUACUUAAUCUCACAGGGAACAAGCUUUCAGGCCCAAUUCCUAAGGCUCUCAAGAAAAAGGCCGAUACAACUCUGCAAUUGAGUUGUUCCAACACAUUUGAUUAUGUGGACUCAAAUACGCAAGAGGUCACCUACGGGGAGAUUCUAAGUAUCACCAAUAACUUAGAGAGGGUGGUGGGUAAAGGAGGAUAUGGAACUGUCUACUAUGGUUGCAUAGGUGAAAGACAAGUAGCAGUGAAGAUGCUUUCUCCUUCAACUCAAGGUUUUCAGCAAUUUCAGACAGAGGCAAAAAUUCUCACUAGAGUACAUCAAAAGUGUUUGACUCCUCUAAUUGGAUAUUGCAAUGAAGCCUCGGCACUCAUCUAUAAAUACAUGCCCAAUGGAAACUUGGCAGACCAUCUUUCAGAUAAAAAUCAAUUUUCCCUAGUUUGGAACCAGAGACUUCAAAUUGCUCUGGACUCCGCAAUAGGCUUGGAGUAUCUUCAUAAAUGUUGUAAGCCUCCAAUUGUACACAGAGAUGUCAAGACUAGUAACAUUUUACUCGAUGAAAAUUUCAAUGCUAAAAUAUCUGAUUUUGGAUUGUCAAGGAUCUUUUCAAAUGAAUGUGACACCCAUGUGCUAACAAAAGUUGCAGGCACCCCAGGAUACUUUGAUCCUGAAUACUACAAAACAAACAAGUUGACUGAAAAAAGUGAUGUCUAUAGUUUUGGAAUUGUUCUGUUAGAGAUAAUCACGGGGCACCCUGCUAUUUUCAAAAACCAUGAGAACACACACAUAGUUCAAUGGGUGAAUUCCAUGUUAGAAGAUGAAGGUGAAAUUGAUACUAUAAUGGAUCCAAGGUUACAAGGAACAUAUGACACUGGGACAGCAAGUAAAGUGGUAGAUGUAGCAAUGGCUUGUGUAGCUCCGAGUUCUAUUAAGAGGCCAACAAUGAACGAAGUGAUGAUAGAAUUAAAACAAUGUUUUCCCAUGGAGAAUCUUGAUUGUUCAUCAUCAAUUGAAUCCUCAGUGGCACCAUCAAUUAGCGGAAAAAGUUCUCUUGAGAGGUAG